AUGGGAUUGCUUGGCGACAGGCAGCAAAUCCACUUCUCUGCGGAAAACGAUGAAUGUGAGAUAAGCUAUCAGCCCCCUCCCCCCCCGUCUGUGGAUCCUCUGCGAGGGCAUGGCGGAGGCCAGUUCAGUGGAGACUCGACGGCCACCGAAGGCUGGCGUGGAGUUCGUCGCCCUGAGGUCGCGAUACGUAUAUUGUGGGGCUCUAUGGAAAUAUCAAGUGGGAUGCACCUAGACGAGGUCAUGAUUAACGUCUCCCCAGAGCGCCGCCAGAUGUAUGCUGACCUUGUGAAAGCUGCAACUGUGAAAACAUAUAGCCAGAAGACUGAAGCAGUGGUACAGCUAGCUCUGGGAAAUUUGGUCUUCCCGAAGUUACACACUUUAUACCUUGCUCUAGUCUUUCGCGGCUGGAGUACCGAAGAGAGUAUCCGUACCCCGGAUUUGAAUAUGCCAAAUCUCCGGACACUUUACAUCGAACAUUGGCAUGUGCCCAUCUAUCUAUUUCCUUACCAUUGGGACUAUCUCACUGAUCGGAUUCCUAUUCACGUCGUAUACCUGGACGACGCCAUUGCCGCAUUCAAGGCUAUCGUCAAGGGUCAUCUGAGGGAAGAAGCAGUUCUCUUCCAACCACCUACCCCGAGCCGCCUCGGUUUGCCUCUUGUGUCAUUCAAGGAAAAAUGGCAGUCCCUGCGUCAGGUUCCCCCAUCGACAUGCGCGGCAAGUAGCGAGGUGACUAGAGCUGGCGGACGGCGGCUCAAACGUCUACAGUAUCUCGCCCAAGAGUACUUUGCCUCCAACCGCGGUGCCGACAAUGCCGGUCCGAAUAUCGGCUUUCAUAACUGUCUGAAUCAAGUUCUCAAAGGAGUCAGCUACCCAAAAGAAAAGGUACAGCAAUUGACAGAAAUCACCGCGUAUAGACUCGGAGCUAUGUACGAGACCCGAUUACUUGCGAGAAUAGGGCUCCAGUUUCCGUCAAUCUUCGAUAUUGACCCAGAGGACGCACUUGGAAACUUGCCCGAAAAACACUUGACGCUGAAAACAUGGUCAUUGCUUCUCUCGCACGACAUCAAUACAACUCCGUGCCUUACGUUUUUGCUCUUGAAAAUGGAAUGCCAAAAA